CUUAUCUACCGAAAGAUGUAUUCCAGUACACGCCAAGACUUACUUACCUCUUGCUGAUCUCAAAUAGGCUGGAAAGAAUUGAAACAUUUCCUUUUCGUAAUCUAAGAUAUCUUGCUCAGCUGGCUUUGUAUAAAAACAAAAUCAGUUACGUUGCCGAGGGAUCACUUGAAAAUACUAAUAGGAUCUAUUACUUGCAAUGGAAUGAUUUUCGGACAAACAUAACACAAGACAACAUGAUAGUGUGUGAUUGUUCUGCCCUUUGGCUUCAAGAAUACUUGAGAUCCAAUCGUCCUUACUAUGAGACUAUCCUAUGUGGCUAUCCUAUUGAGGUCAGAGGUCGAAGACUAAGGAGUGUGGACAUAACUAAUUGCACUAAGGGAUUGAAGGUAUCAGUGACUCCAUCAUCAGAGGUUAAUUAUGUGCAGAGUGGUGCCUGUCUUGAGCUGCAGUGUAAAGCAAAUCAAAAUGUUGAUGUAACUUGGAAAAGAAUUGUUAAAGGAUCUGAACAGGCACUGGAGGAGGAUCACUCUUCAUUCUGUACUAAUAAAAGUGUUGAUAAUUGUGGCAACACUGACACUGAAGGACUGCUAGUAUUAAAGGACAUUGCAGCUGCUGAUCAAGGAAUAUAUGUGUGUACAGCUACACUUGAUAAUGUCACUAGCUCUGUAAUUCGACAAAUUCAAAUUGGAGAGCCUCCUGUGAUUAAGAAGAGUCCUAUUAGUGUGGUUGCUCGUGAUCCUCCAUCUUACGUUAUUUUUGAAGCAGCAGCAAGAGGGAACCCACCACCAGUACUGAAGUGGUAUCACAACUCAAAUGAAAUUGACUUCAAAAAUACCACAAAGAUGUAUUUGACCAGUAAUGGGUCAUUGAUAAUAUUAGGUCCUCAGUUUGAGGAUAAUGGUCAAUAUAAAGUAGUGGCAGACAAUGGAGCAGGAUCAGUAGAAGCAGCUGCCAGUCUUACAAUAUACUUCAGGUCAGCCUGCAAUAGAGGGUCUGGUUGCUCUAAUGAUGGACAGUGUCUCCCAGUACAUUACUGCAGGUGUCCUGAUGGAUAUUCUGGUGAUGGAUGCGAGGAAAGCCAGGAAA